UCACUCCGCCCCGUGCUCUCGGUGAGCGCCGCGGCUGCCGUCGGCUCGAUCCUGAGGGCGCUCACGGCGCUCGCAGCCUCAACACCAACACACCCAGCCUCCUCACCACCACCACCACUCACACGAACGCGGCCACCAUGGACCCGGCUCGACAGGAGGUGGACGCACAGUCUCUGCGUGACUACGGGCUCCAGAUUCGCUUCAUCGAGGACUUUGCCAACGCGCCGGCUCACAGAGGCGGGGGGAACCCUUUGAGCGAAAUGAAUUCCUCCUCCUCCUACGGCGUGCAGAUCAGCAUCCAGGGCAUCAAGGGCCAGCCCUUUGUGGUGCUCAACUCGAGCGAGCAGCCCGAGGGCGGCCUGCCGGACCCCCCGAAGCUCACACUGCCGGAGCCCAAAACGAAAACCGCCGAGAGCCUCCUGGCCCUCAACUCAAACGGUUCUUCGGUGACCACCGAAGACCCUCUGCACAAGAAAACUGAGUACACGAGGCCAGAAUUCAUGCGGGCGCGAGAACAGGCACGAUCCACAGCACUGAAGGGUCAGAGUUCAAGCCAGAAGCUGAACUUUCAGAAAAAACCUUGGAUCCUUCAGCCGUACAGGCCGGCCGACAAGGCACAAUCAUGUGUGGAUGGGCAAGAGAGGGAGAAAAAUCCAAAAGUCGGGGUGACGCAGCCGGCGGUGAAAGGGGAGGCCAACGGUGUGGGAAGCGCGCUUGCAGGUCAAGCCACAAGAGUCAUCGACAGCGCAAGUGUGCGGGGCCCCCCAUUGCCCGCGGCCGGGAAGACGCAGGAGUUGUGGGGAAGGCGGAGCGGGGACAAACCUCCGGUGACGCGGUCGGUGUCGAGCAUGAGCGAGGAGUCUGGCAGGGCCGGCAGCGACGUGGACAGCCUCGGGCGCUCCAACGCGAGCUCCGCGUCCUCGCGCUCGCGAGCAUCUCCCGAGCGGCCGCCACUUCGAUCGCCGUCCGAGGACGGCCUCGACGAGCUGCGUGGGGAGAGCGCCAACCGCCACGAGAACCGGCGCUACAUCCCGUUCCGCGCGGGCACGGGCCGCGACAUCGACUCGGGACACAUCCUGUCCAUCGAGGAGCUCAUCGGGCAGUUCGACGAGGCCAGCGCGGCGGUGCGCGGGCGUCCCCGCAGGCGCACAAAGAUCUCGGCAGGCGACCGCGUGCGCUCACGCAGCCUCGAGAACUUCUCGAGCGCUCGGUCUGGCGAGCGGGAGAAUCGGACCGAGAGGAGCCGCGUGGAGCUCGACGGCCCGAGGAGCGGCGUGUGGUGGGGGCAGGCGAGCGCGGGCGGUCACGACCCCCUUCUGGAGCCGCACGCGAAGGUGGCCACCGCCGCCGUGACGAGCUCCAUGCGGCUUACGUUGGCGUCCCGAGCGGAGGCCACCGGCGGCGGCUCCGUCGGCGCCAAGCAGCUCGUGACCACCCCGGACCUGUUGCGCGACCAGACCGACGUUUCCCAGGAGGCCAGCGCCAAGCAGUUCCUGUACAGCGUCCUGCGGGAGGGGAACAGCGAGAGCGCGGAGAGCACCCACCGCAAGGUGAACCUGGUGUUUGAGAAGAUCCAGACCCUGGGCUCGAAGCGCUCGCAGAGCGUGAGCGUGCAGACCGAGCAGGCGUACGUGGCUGUGGCGGAGCUGCACACCGUGCAGGCGGAGCGAGCGCAGCUGCAGCAGCAACUCCGAGAGGUGGGCAGCCGCGCGUCGCACGAGGAGAAGAGCCGUGCGGAUGCACAAGCAGAGCUGGCCAAGCUGGAGGAGAGCCUGGCGGCGGCGCGGAGGGACGCAGACGACAAAGCCCAGGAGGUGCAGCGCUGGCGUGAGCAGCUGGAGCGGGCGGACGCCCGCCUCGCAACAACGCAGCACUCGCUGGAGGAGGUGGAGGGUGAGCGCUCGGCCCUGCAGCGCGAGAUGCGGGACCUGAAGAGCCAGCUGUCGGAAAUGCACGACGAGCUGGACCAGGCCAAGCACUCGGCGGCGGAGCAGGAGGAGAGGAAGACGCUGCUGCAGGAGUUGCAGCGGCUGGGCGAGGUGGAGGAGAGCUUGCGGCGGCGCGAGCGCGAGCUGGCGGCGCUGCGCGCGGUGCUGCGCCAGGAGGUGGAGACGCGCGAGCGCGAGAUGGACGAGCAGCGACAGCGCCACGCCGACUCCGCCAGCAAGGCCCAGCAGAAGCUCGAGGCCUCCGCCCAGCGGGUGCUGGAGCUGGAGGCGAGUGCCGGGGAGUCGGGCCGAGCCCGCUCCGUGGCGGAGCAGCAGGCGCGGCGCGCCGAGGCGGAGCUGUCGGAGCUGCGGCAGGAGCGCGAGAGGCUGCAGGCCGAGCUCCUGCAGCUGAGGCCGGCGCUGGAGGCGGCGCGCAGCGACGAGGACACGUGGAAGGGCCGGCUCGGCCGCCUCGAGGCGGAGCAAGCUCGUAAGGCAGAAGCCCUGGAGAAGGCCGAUGCCCUGGAGGUGGAGAUGGAGGCUGCCCAGCGGACUCUACAGACUCAGCUGGAGGAACUGGAGCGCAAGUGCAGCAGGCUGCAGGCUGAGCAGCAGGAGCUGACUGCACGGCGGCAGAGCUCGGAGCGCCAGCGGGAGGAGCUGAGGCAGGAGCUGGAGCACGAGAGGGAGAAGGCCCAGCAGCAGGAGCGCGCCCUGGAGAGACUCCGCAACGAGCUCUCCGAAUCGAGCGAGACAUCGGCCAGGGCUGUGAAGCUGCGCACCGAGUUUGAGGAGCUGAGGGAGAAGGCUCGGAGGGACUCGGCCGACCUGCAGAGGCUGCUGCAGGAGAAGGCCCAGGCCCUGGAGGUGUCGAUCCAGCACAACACGAGGUUCCAGCAGGAGCUCAAGAAGGUCGAGCGGGACGUGGAGCGCGAGCGUGGCGAGCGGGAGGCGGCCGAGCUGGAGAACCGCCGCCUCGACCGCAGCCUCCAGGACAUGCGCCUGGAACUCAGCUCGGCCGCUCUGCGCAAGGACAACCCGCGGCAGGUCAAGGCCCUCGAGGAGCGGGUGAGCACUCUGCAGGCCGAGCUGGAGGAGGAGAGGGAGAACGUGGAGCUCCUGACAGACAAAGCCGAGUGGGCGAGGGAUCAGAUGGAGCAGCUGCGUGGGGAGCUCAUGCAGGAGAAGGCGGUGCGGCAGGAUCUGGAGUGCGACAAGAUUUCCCUGGAGCGGCAGAUCAAGGAGAUGCGUGGCCGCGUGUCGGACCUGGAGGGCUCCCAGCGCUGGGGUCGCGAAGGCCUUGCGACCCAGAUGGAGGCGCGCGUGCGCGAGCUGGAGGAGGCCCUGGAGAGGGAGGAGAGCGAGCGCGCCAACGCGCAGGCCAACUCGCGCAAGCUGGAGAAGAGGCUGAAGGAGCUGCUCAUGCAGGUGGAGGAGGAGCACCAGCAGGCGGACAACCAGAAGGAAGAGAUGUCCUUGCGCAUCAAGGCUUUGAAGCGGCAGGUGAACGAGGCGGAGGAGGAGAUCGAUCGCCUGGACGGGCAACGGCGCAAGGUGCAACGGGAGCUGGAGGAGCAGCUGGAGCUGAACGAGGGCACUCGCGCCGAGCUCAACACCCUACGCAAAGAGAUGAGGCAGAAGAGGUCCCUGCAGCCGAGUCUGCUGAUGGGCAACUCGGACAUCUCCAGCGACGAGGACGACGACGAUGAUGCGGGCGGCUUGGAUGCCAGGGGCUACGACCAGUCUCUACGAUCCAAACUCAUCGCCGAGGGGGAGCUCAAGCUGAGCUCUUGUUGACGGUCAACUUGGCCUGCCACGUCGGCCCCUCUGCCAAACUCCCAAUGUCUAUCACCGGUGUGUGUCCCCUUUGCCUGUGUUGUUACCACAGUGCUAGCACACCCGGGUCGUGGUCUAAUGCGCAACGUUCAAAGCUGCAUCCACGUGUGCGGGUGGCCACGCAAUGCAAAAACCGAUGAACGAGUUUUCUUUUCGUGAAGUCACUAAAGCAUCAACUUAUUAUAUUCUCUGUGUAUGACUAGAAUACAUUGAGUAGCUGGGAAACAAAAUAGCAGGUGUAAAUGACUGAAAAUCUUUAAUCACUAAAGUUAAACCUAUAUUUAAACUUUCAAUUGACUUACCUUAAUGAUCACUACUCUUAAAAUACAUGAAUACACAAAUGUAUAUAUAGUGCUGUGUAUAAAAGUGUUGCACUGAUAGUGGUUAGCGCACUGUGCUAUUAACCCAAUCCUCAGCCACAGCUGACGUCAGUGGUGAGCGAUAUCGGAACUGAUUGUGGGUUACCCCCCUUAACCAGUCCACUGAUCAGUAUGGUGAAGUAUGGUCAAACAAACCCCGUGACGACAUGGCAUGGAAAGGCCUUAAUUCAGCAGCACAUUAAUGAGGGGCCGUACAUUAUUCUUAGUUUGUGCACAAAUCACAAAGGGGACCAGACUGUUGCUUGGGAGACAAAUAGCCAUGCUAAAAAUGAUAAAUGGUUUCCCCCCUCUCCUCUGUGUGUGUAAUGUGGUCCUGUCGUAGAGUCUCAAUCCUUGCCAAACAAACUUGUCAAGGGCGUUUGCCACAUUGGUCGUGAACGUGGCGCAUGGGCGAACAAGAUUGCAUCUGAGGCUGCGCAGAGCUGUGUGGAGGGGUUUUGCUUUGGCGAUGCUGGGCCUCCGAGCCUAUGACGAGGGGGGGCCGAGUGAGAUCAGGCCACGGGGAGAGGAGGCAUGCCUGUGUGGUUUGCUCAUUGUUUACAAUGAGCCCCACGUGUUUGUUUAAAUUGAUGGUUUAAGAAUGCACACAACAAUCAAGAUAUUUGAAUGAAAUAUGUCCACGUGUCUGUUUGUCCACUGCAGACUUUGGCGUAGUGCCAAGCAGCACUGUAUACAGAAAAAAAGUCUUGAGUGUGUGCACCCAAACAACAAGGAAAUGAGAAUCGGAUGAGUAAAGAUCUGCUUAUCCGCUGCAAUGCUUAGUGUUGUAGGAAGCAGCACGCACUACUAGCGCCAACCAAGCCUUGUAGACUUUUGGCAAUAUUCCCGUGUGGAUGCGUCAUGAUUCCCUGCAAGUGAUCACAUGAAGUUUAACAGGAUACCAUACCUUAUUUCAUGUAGGCAUGUACACGUAGGAUGGUGCUGUAAUAAAUGGCGAUGAACAAUGCCAUUUGUUAAUUUUUUUAAUUUCAAGAUGAGACUUGAGCGAAUAUUGUUUCAAGUGAGAGUUGUGUCCGUGCCUAAGGCUACCGGCGUUUGCUGCCAAGUUCAUUGCAAGAUCUCCCCCCACCCGUCGCCAUGACGGCCGUCACGUGGUGCCGGUGACAGCGAGUGUAGCUGCCACCUACACGUGCCAACACCAAACACUUCACCUGGGACAGGUUUCUUGGCAGUAAGGAAUCGGACGCAAUACUCGGUACUUUGUCAGUUGCUUUUGUAGUUUUAGAUAAAAACUGUGGUACUGCACGUGAGCUUAAUCUGCCAUGCCUAAGUUCCACAUCCUCGUGCUAAUUGGCACCACGAAGUUGACAUGUUCACGAGUUCAAGUAGCACAUCGUUAAUAAUGUACAGGCACGAUCGUCUUUUCUUAAAAUACUGCCAGGAGCAGCAGCCAUUUUAUUUUAACGAACUCUGCACCCACAGUUACCUUAACAGCCGUCCAUUUCUUAUCACAGUACGUGUUUUAUAACAGUAGAUGUUUUACAUGCACGGUACAUGUUUUAAAAUAUAUUUUUAAUACGUAGGAAUUAAAAGUCGGGUCAUUUUAGAUGACGCGAAUCGAUCGUCAAAGUGAGACGUUGGUCUGAUGAAACGGCUGCCUUCUCAAUUUGCUUUGGAGUGCACGGAACUCUAAUUCGCUCCCAAUGACAUGGGCAUGAUUAACGUUCCACAAUUAGCUUACAUAAUAUGAAUUCACGCCGGCUUUCUGACGGUAAAUCAGCCAUGUUGUGUGACACGAUGGACUUCGCAUUGCGAUGGCAAACCCAGCAGAGCGCUGCGUUUCUCAAACUGGCUGCGAGAGAUGCAUUCAAGCCAUGGACGGCAAGCGGUGAGAGAGCCCUCGCAAAAUACCGCUCGCCUGUGUGACUGCUCCUCCAGCCCUUGGUUACAAAACCGCAGCCUUGCAUGCAUGCAGAAUCAGUCCAGCCUUGCAUGGACCACCCAUCCCUGAGCCAUAUCAAUGGAGUAUAUGCACUUGAGCUUUAACAAUCAAUGAACACACAACCAUACAUGUCCUCGUUUUAAUGCGGCAGCCGGGCUGCUCUUCUCAUGAGUGUCCUUUUGUAAUCGAAUCACUUUGAAAAGCAAUGAUGUGAAUGGCAUCAUGUGGGGUUUUAUAUCUGCUAGUCUUCGUAUCAGGGUCACUCGCUGAAUUUGUGAUAUUUGAAACAUCGCCUAAUUGCCUGUGUUUUUGUGUACGUGUACCAUCCACUGCUUGCGUUGAUUGUGUACCGUAGGUGGUUGAAAGUUUAAGUGGACCAAACGGUUGUUGAUGGUGGGGCUUGAAUCAAGCUACCCCAUUAAACAAGAUUAUGAAUAUCAGCUUUCUAAAUAUUAGAUGGGUAUUUUAAAGUAAUUUUGCUCCGUAAAAAUGUGCCGUACACACGUUUAAAGUUACGCGUGAUUCCUGUGCAUUCGAUGCACUUUCGUGACCUGUUAAAUACGUGUGUAAAGCAUCGGCAAGGCAAAUAUAACACAUGGUCAGCUCAAGAGCAGAAUCAUAUGUUUGGCGAGAGGAUAAUUGCAGUUGCCUGUAAAUGUUGUACUCAAUAUUGAGAUAAAAGCAGGGGUUUGGAAAUAGUGGCGUAAUUUAAAAGCCCCCCAAAAUUCUCCUGAGCGAGCUCGGCUCCUGGAGCUGAGAGAGUCCACGGAGUGGCGUGGUUCUGGCUCGGACACAAUUCUGGACAAAGUUAUUGCCUAGAGCAUGGUGUACUUUGUGUUUCUUCGAUUACCCCGCUCUGAUUGUGCAAGCUUUCUGUAACCCCCUCACUGCUUUUGGUAUGGACUGCGAUGGUGCAGUGGCAUGUUAAUGUGAUUACGCGAUCGCAACUAUGCUCACAAGAGGGGCCCAAGCUCGAACAGAGCCCUGGAAAUAGCUCCUAAUAGUAAUACCCUUGGGCAGCAUUUCUCACCGUGACCUUGAAUUUAACUUGAUGAAAUCAUAAACGAACGUGUAACGAUGAUUAAAUAGUUGAAUGAAGAAAACUGAAAAGCCGCACUCAAGAUUAAUACGAGAAAAACGAACGUUUGCUUAAUCUUUGCUAAGCAGCGAAGAUGUCUGUCAGAGGGGAAACGCAUCCAGAGGUUGUAUGCCUCGGUACCGAGGACAGCUAUUGAGUCGGACUGGGAUCAAAACUG